AUGUUCUUCCCAACGCCGAAAUGUAUGCAACAAAUUGCAACUCUAAUUAUAACAUUUGCCGUAUACGUGGCGGGCAUACGUAAUGCGGGCAGCAGUGGUGGUGGUGGUGGUGGAGGUGGUACGUCUAGCAGCAACACGGAAAAUGCUUUGGGUAGCAGCAACGUGGGAGCUAUCGCUGAUUAUGCGAGUUACUCGGCGGCAUACAAUGAGGAUUUCCGUCCCUCACAACUCCUCUCCGAGGUAACAGAAGUAAUGUCCACUACAAGCGGCAAUGUAGAGCGACGCCAGUCUAACGGUGACAGUGGCAACUUUCGACCAUCGCAAAUUAUUUCCUUUACAUCCUCAGAUGCACAAUCAAUGCCGAAAAAAUAUCCACCCAGUUAUCUCGAGCCGAACUAUCGCCCACAGCGCAUCAGUAAUGGUGGACCAUAUGGUUUAGUCUCCUACAAUAAAGAGGAAAAGCAAUUCAGCUUUCCACAUAAUAAAGAGCAAGCAGCAGCUGCUUCAGCCGUAGCUAACACAAACUCAAAUAUACAAAAGUACUUGUACAGCAGUGCAACGCAGUCACAGUCGGUCACGCAGCAGUCGCUUGUACCCGCGCAAUUACACACUACACCCAUACUCAUCUAUCGUGACCCUUACACUAAUAAGAUCAACACUAGCCAGCGGCAGCUGGACUAUCGCCCCCCAGCAGCCGAGCCGAUAUACCAAGCACAGUAUACACAAGCUGGCAGACCACAGGAGUAUACAGUGCAAUCCAUGUUGGUUGUGGGUGCAGCGCAACGCCCACCAGCCAUUUACAAUCAGCAGAGGCCACAGUAUGUGUUGGAAGGAGGAGAACAUAAGCGACCGGGUUACGUGUUGGAUGAGCAAUCCAGUACGUCUUACAGCCAGCCAGUGUAUAGUAAUAGAUAUGAGCCGGUAGCGAGCGCAGCGCCCCCACCACCAACCAACGAUUACAAUCGGCGUGAUGGUGAUACACAAACUGAACGUCCUUUCAAGGGUAAACUGGGUGUAUCGACAACUGCGAGUACUAAGAUUUCUUACGAUUCACAUGAUUACCCACCGCCCAGCUAUUAUAAACAGCAAACAUCGAAUUUCCAAUCACCGCAACGACAAGAAGACAACCCAGCAAAUUACCAGCAACAAUCAGCAUAUGCAACGGCACCAGCGCCAGUACAGACAGCAGCAACAACAAUGGCGACUACGACGACGAAGGGAGCGAUAAUAUUCGGCAGACCAGAGCUGACGUCUUCUAAUUAUGCAAACAAGUUUGGUAAUUAUUUGCAAGGCGUUGGCGGGGGCAAGGCAGGUGAUGCUGGCUAUUACAAACGUCCACCGCCGCACUAUAGCAAUGAUAUCUUGUAUGUUACGCCACGUCCACCCGCACUGCCGCCAACGGCGCCAGUACGACCAGCGCCACCUUACUUUCCGCAAGGCAAUGAACCGAUAAGACGUCCACCACCGCCCAAUAGUAAUUAUCAUCAGUAUCAAUUGGGAGAAAUACCACCACCACCAGCACAACAGUCGUUGGUGGGAGAAAGAGAACCACCUGGACAGUACUAUCCAACAUCACAGUUUUACCCAACCCAGCAGCAGCAAUACCAGCCUCAACAGAGUUACCAACCUACGCAGAGUUUCCCUUCAUCACAGUACUACCCAUCACCGCCUAAUUACCGUCCACCGCCGCCACCACAGUACCAGCCGCAGCAGCCCUCAUCUGGCGGUGGUGGUGGCUUAGCUACUUUGGCCUCACUCUUCAGCGGUACACAGCAGUACGCACCACAGUUCACCAGCCUACUUUUAGGCGGCAAUGGCGGUGGUGGUGGGCUCUUGCAUGCCUUAACUGGUACGCGUCCACUGGGUGCUGCUGGCGGUGGACGUCCACCGAACAUGCAACUCAUAAAAGCUUUAGAGAAUAUUGCACGCAAUGAUGACUUGGAAUGUGUACCGAAGGUGCUAUGCAACAUGAUUGCUAGUCAAACACAACGUGGACAAUUGCCUGACUUCAUUACGUCGCCGGCGAUAACGAACUUCCUUUCAGGCUUUCCAGCGCAGUCGCCAGCGCUCAUUUACGGACGUGCAGCGCUGCUAGGGGUCAGCGGUGGCGAGCGCAGCUGUACGCAAACUUAUGCCAAGUGUCCGAAGAAUGAGUACGAAAUACUCUAUUACCUGAACAAUCACCGUGGCGGCUUCUUUAAGUUCUUCGGCGAAUCGGAGGAACCAAAUAACAGCGCUGUACAGCAGUCCCAACAAACGCAAACCCAAAGUGCGGGCAGCUCAGGUGGCACUUCGCUUUUCGGUUUACUUUCCGCGCUAACAGGCGGCAAUGCGCCGGUGACAACCACAACGCCACGUCCCACGCCCCCGCCUACGCUCGCGAGCUUUGAUAUUACCCAAGGCAUUGGCAAUUUCUUCAGCAAUAUACUUUCCGAAUAUAUAGGUGGCGUAGAGUUUCAGCGCAGAAGCAGUCGAGCUAAGCGUGCGGUUCUUCGAAAUGCGACGAAUGAUGAAGAAACCGCACACGAUGACGCAGCGCGCAUAAAAUUUCCAGAAGUUACAGAUUCGGAAGACUUUCACGACGAUGAGGACGAUGAAGAUACACAAGGCGUGGUCGACUUUGAGGAUGAGAAUGCUAGCGUGCCGAAUGAGAGCACAGAUUAUGGUGACUCGCAGGGGCGUGUAGUAUUCAAAAGUGGUGAACAUAGUCUACAUUUUUUUCCAGAAGGCAAUGGAGGAAUAGGCGACGAGCGCCUCAAAGAUGUUUAUCUAGAAGAAGUGAUUAAGAAAUUUAAUGCUGAUCGGUUGGAGAAAAAAUUUAAAUUCCCCGCAAACGCAGACGCUUAUGUAGAAGAAAGUGAGGCUCAUGGUGAGACUGUAGACACACGUGGCGAAAAAUUGGUGCAUUUUGUUGAGGAUGAGAGCCACAAUGGAUUAAGACCCACUAGUGUGGUAAGUUUUCCCGCGCCUGAAAACGCAGACAGCCAGUACUUUGAGGACAAACGCAAAAAGCACACGCGCCGCGGCAAGGCUAUCAUAUUCAAGGAAACCAAUGAGGCUAGCAGUAAUGCGCCUGAGCGCCAACCGCGUGAGGAGUACGAAGCAGCAGCAUACGAACCUGAAAGCGAUAACCGCGUACUAUUCCCCGAUCACUAUGAGAAGCACAUACGCAAGGGUAAAAUAUUAAACAGACCUAUAUUGUAUGCCUCCAACUAUGACGAUUAUACGCCAAAUAUGGAUUCCGAUCAUUUUGUGGUAUCCGACACUCAUCGUCCGGAAGAGAAUGAUAUCGCAAACAAUGAAGAAAGUAGCAUAAAUUAUGACGACCACAAGCAAUUGGGACCCAUCUACUACAGUGAGUCCACAUCGUUGUCACAGCAGCACCAUAACGCACAGAGUACACUCGUGCAGGUGUAUACGGAUAAUAGGCAACAUUAUAAUCGCGGCGCUGAUACGUAUCCGGGCGGUACAAACAAUCGCUACAAGCCUGCGAGCUCAUCAACUUACACCCACUCUUCCGCCGCUAAUUACAAUGACAAGCGUUACUCAUCUGGCAACACUUCCUCUGCUAAUAAGAGGCGUCCGUAUUAUGGCGCUGUUUCUUCUUCUGCUGCGAAUAAUCACUAUGAUUACCCGAAUACGAAUUAUGUUAGCAAUAAUCGUUAUAGCAGUCGUUAUCAGACGACACGCUACACAACGACAACACGCUCGCCUCGCGGCAGUGAAAAUGAUCACAACAUUUAUGUGACAAAUGCUCAGGGUGUCACUACGCAUUACAUAACGCCAGAUGGGCGCAAGGUGUAUUUAUAAGAG